UCCCCAUCGCGGGGCAGUCCGGGGCUGCCAGCCUUUUCCCACCGCCGGUGACCGGCUCCUGGCUCCCGCCUCGUUUUAUGGUCGUGGAGAGGGAGGAAAAAUCCCAAACCAGCUGCGUAAAUGAGUAUGGAAGAUUAUGAUUUCCUCUUCAAAAUUGUUUUAAUUGGCAACGCCGGUGUGGGGAAGACCUGCUUAGUCCGUCGCUUCACUCAGGGGCUUUUCCCACCGGGUCAAGGAGCCACGAUUGGGGUUGACUUUAUGAUUAAAACUGUGGAGAUAAAUGGUGAAAAAGUAAAGCUGCAGAUCUGGGACACGGCAGGACAAGAGCGAUUCCGGUCCAUCACACAAAGUUACUAUCGCAGCGCUAACGCGUUAAUCUUGACCUACGACAUCACCUGCGAAGAAUCCUUCCGGUGUCUCCCCGAGUGGCUGCGAGAAAUCGAGCAGUAUGCCAGCAAUAAGGUCAUAACCGUGCUAGUGGGCAAUAAGAUUGAUUUAGCUGAUAAGAGGGAAGUCUCCCAGCAAAGAGCUGCAGAGUUUUCCGAAGCGCAGGACAUGUACUAUCUGGAAACCUCGGCAAAAGAAUCGGAUAAUGUGGAAAAACUCUUCCUGGACUUGGCCUGCCGGUUGAUCAGCGAGGCACGACAGAACACCCUUGUGAACAAUGUCUCAUCCCCCUUACCAGGAGAGGGGAAAAGUAUCAGCUACUUGACUUGCUGUAAUUUUAACUAAAGAGCUGGCAUGUGAUUUCCCCUUCUGCCAUGGGCCAAGAGGAAUUUUUUUUUUUUUCUGGGAUUUAUCUCCUUGAAGGGAAUUCCUGCCACUUUGACCCAUCUGACUUACCCUGAGUCAGGUUGCAGACCUGGAAGCAUGGCAGGCUGAUGGCUCCAGCUGCAUGGCAACGUGGCAGAAUGUAACACGGUUCAAAUUUCAUUUUUCUUGCAGUUUCUGGAGCAGGUUAGGAAAAGGAGAGUUGCACAAGUGCUUCACGUAAUGCAG